AUGGUUUUUAGCUGCUCCAUCUCAUACUCCUCAUCUGCUUCUUCUUGCAGUGUAGUCCCUCCAAAUCCACCACACCUUGCUAGAACUCCUCAUUUUCCAUCACAGACAAUGAGCCCUUCAAAGAUGAUUUCAGCUUUUAGUGCUCCACCUAUAUCUAUUACUAGAUUCCACCCGAUUAUUCCAAAUCAGCAGUUUUUCUAUGCAAGCAGCACCACCAACACAAUUCCUACAACAUUCACAAUGGACUCAAACAACUCCUUUUGGUCACGUUGGGCCACCAAGAAAUCCUUAUGUAAUACCUGCACAAAAUUUGUCAGCAGCAAUAAGUGCUUCACUUCAUUUUCUAGUUUCCUUCAGGUAAUCAACAUCAACAGGACACCUCCAGUGUCUUCAAUUCCUCAAUCUAUGUUUAUUAUAUCACCUUCGCCAAUAACUAACCUAACCUCCUAA